AUGGCUGCGUUUCUUGACCCCGUCACUGGACGCCGCAUGCCAUUGAACAAUGACCUCGUCUUGGGCAUCCUCAAUGAUGGUAACUGUUCCGAGUUGGACUUCGACGACGACGAUGAAGAGUUUAUUCCUCUGCAGCUGGAAAAUGAUGAAGAAGGUGAAGUUGAGCUAUCCUCUCCGCCUCGCUUAUCUGCGGCAGCUGUGAAAUCGGAAAAUAUUAAAGGUAAAGUGUCUAAAAGGAAGUCUACAUCUGAUAACAUGAAUGAGAGUGAAGCAGGCCCAUCUUGUUCUAAAAAGUCAAAACAAACACCUUGUUCAAAAGUAACACAAAAAUCAAAGGCUGUUAUAGUGAAAUUGCCUGCUCGUAAAAGGUUAUGGAAGAAAACUGAUUACAUCGAUAAAUCACAUAACUACUCAGGUCAUCCACAACCAAAUGAAAUAAGAUCGCCGGUUGAAUAUUAUAAUGAUUAUUAUAAUGAUAAUUUUUACGAGCGCAUGGCAUUGUGUACAAACUUAUACUAUUUAAGAAAAACUGGGCGAGUCUUAAAUACAACCAAACCGGAAAUAAAAAAACUGAUUGGUAUCCAUCUACUGAUGGGUAUACUAUCAUAUCCCAGGAUCGCAAUGUACUGGCGAAGAAAUAUUAAAGUUGACAUGAUUGUUUCUGCAAUGACAAGAGAUAGACUGACAACUUUAAGAAACAGUUUGCACGUCGUGGAUUCCGACUCUCCACCCGUUUCGGAAGCAAAUAAUCCUCUCUGGAAGGUUCAGCCGAUGAUCGACAUUGUGAGAGAAGGCUGCAACAAAAUUCUAAGGACCCCGGGCAGGUAUUCGAUCGAGGAACAAAUGAUACCUUUCACUGGCAAGUGUCAUCUUCGCCAGCUUGUAAAGAACAAGCCUCGCCCAGUGGGUCUUAAGAAUUUCGUGGUUACUACUAGUGAAGGGCUAAUGGUGGAUUUUGAAAUAUACUAUGGCAAUAAUCCCGCUCUUUCGCAUCCUUUGGGGCUUGGACCGGCUGUAGUUCUUCGCUUGAGUCAAAGUGUUCCACGCGGGAGCUGCAUUUUUUUUGACCGAUAUUUUACAACGGUUCCCCUGUUGGAAGAAUUAACGAAAAUGGACUAUCAUGGCACAGGGACAAUUAUGCUUAACCGGGUACCAGAUCGACAGCAGCUUAAGUUCAAAGAUGACAAAAAAAUGACACGAGGAGAAAUUGAACAAAGGGUAUCAAACGACGUAGUUUUGGUAAAAUGGAAGGACAGCAAGGCGGUAUUGACAGCAUCAAAUUGUACUGGGGGCACGACAACCGACAUAGUAAAGCGGUACAAUAAAACAGAAAAAUGCUACGUCGAUGUUGGUGCUCCAAAAAUUGUAACAUCCUACAACUCUUUCAUGGGCGGGGUGGAUGUUUUGGACCAAUCUAUGGAAUAUUACCGUACAUUCAUGAAGACCCGUAAAUAG